AUGCCUUCGUCAAACUUGCAAGCUGAACCGUACCCAAUAAAGGACAAUGCAUCGAUCUAUUCUAGAUUUGAUGAUGAUGGCGAAAACCCAUCCGUUGCCUCGAAUCGAAUGUGCUUUACUCGCUUCUGUACAUGGUUUCGUCAAAAAUUCAGCGUUGGUACACGCAACUUGGUUUACAUCUUCCCUGGUCUAGCAAUACUAUCUAUUCCUGCAGUGUUGGGAUGGACAGUUUACAAGGGCAGAUAUAUUGCCACGGUGCCAUUAGAGAUCUGGGCAUUGUGGCUGGCCAUUUGUUGGUUCGCCUUCUUUGCAUCGAGAUUUGUUAUGGCUGUCGCGCCGGACCUGUUUGGUAAGGAUUACGAGGCUGUGUCGGAUGAGAAAAGAUUUUCGAAUAAUAGCAAAUGGAUCUUUGGUCUAUUUUCAUCCAAGGUCAAGAGAUAUAUGGAUUAUUGGAGACAUCUGCAUUUUUAUGUCUCAAAUGUCACUUUCUUUCUUGCCGCACUUAUCACAUUUGAUCCAAUUAUUAUCGCCUAUAACGGGAACGGUGGAGUGGCUGUUGACUGGCAAGACACUGCUCAUAGAAUACUAGCAGGCCUCGAAAAAUUGCUUCUUCAAGUUAUAGCCGUCAAAUUCCAUCAGACAACGUAUCAAGAUCGUAUAGCACAGUCAAAGUAUCAAAUUGCAGUUCUUUCUAAGCUUCUUGCGGUUGCCAAGAAAAGAGUCCGCAGACCUUCGGUUGAUGCAUUGGUCACAAGCAGAGGCUUUGGAAAUCAAGGCAAAGGCGGAAUUGUCAAGAUCUUUAAAACAACUAAAAAUGCUAUUGAGAAGACUACAAGCGUUUUGGGACACAUGGCUUCGGAGAUUACUGGCCAGAAAUUUGACCCGAACGCAAAUUUUGCUGAAACUACUGUCUUACAUUAUCUUCAAUCAAGUCAUGGUGCACGUGCCUUGGGCCGUCGUUUAUUUCAGGCCUUCUGUCCUCACAAACGCGCCUAUCUUACGCUCGAUGAUGUUCGAGAUGCAUUCCAGACGGAGGAUGAGGCUGAAAAUGCAUUUUACAUGUUUGAUAAGGAUGGCAACGGAGAUUUAACCAAGGAAGAGAUGCUUAUAUCGUGUGUUGAAUCUUACAAAGAACGUCAAGCUAUUUCUGCCUCUUUACGCGAUUUAGAUAACGCCGUGGGGAAAUUGGAUUCUAUCUUGAUGGUUGCAAUUUAUUUCGUUAUAAUUCUCCUCUUUAUUGCCUUUUUGAAUGUGUCAUUCCAGACAUAUAUUGCAACAGCCGGAUCGGUCCUAGUUGCACUUUCAUUUAUGGUUGGGUCAACUGCCCAGGCAGUCUUUGAGAGUAUAAUCUUUCUGUUUGUUCGACAUCCGUUCGACGUUGGCGAUCGCGUAGUCAUAGAAGGGGAAACAUACAUUGUCAACGAAAUGUCUUUAAUGACUACUACGCUAACUCGUAGCGAUGGUCGACAAGUACACGUCGCCAACAAAAGCUUGACGGAGCUUUUCAUUCAUAACAUUCGACGCUCAGGACAUAUGACGGAUGAAACAUUUAUUGAAGUUGAUUUCUACACGUCGUUUGAGCAGAUUGAAGCACUGCGGAAGCGAAUGGUGGAAUUCUUGAAAACGGAAGAAAGAGAUUUUUAUCCACAACUCGAAUUAACCGUUGAGAAGUUAUUCAUGUGCAUGUUGAAAACAGUAAUAAUUGAACUCGAUAUUCAAGGGCCGUACGGUUCACCAAACUUUCCAGCAGACAGAAUGAUUACUCCGAAUCGUUCUCUUCGUAACCCCCAUAAUCAUUCAUCCAAUGAUGCCCGCAAGGCUGAUUUUACUCUUGGUGUCAAGAGUGACGUAUUUGACGUGGAUGAAAAUAGAUCGAACAGACAGUCGAUAAGGAGGCGAAAGACCGAAAGACAUACUUUUGGGAGUGAUGAGGAGGAUGAGGUACAUAAUCAUAAGCAAGAAUUGGAACCCGGUCGAGUCGAUAUUGUGGUUCCUGACGAAAAAGCAAAGUCGGACAAUAAUUACAAUAAUUACUUCUGA